AUGCUGUUCUUGGAAAAGAUGACCGAAACCCUGAAUUCUAUCCGGGAAGCCGUGGCACGUAUAACAAGAUACAAGCCGCUCACGUCAUUUUCGCCGCGGAGCCCGUUGCACGACGGUCAUUCUGGCGAGAACGAGAGUAUCAACGGCUCGCACUACAACGAAGAAUGGUCUGAGAAGGAUGACGGGGGAUCGCAACAUGCACCAAAAAUCAGGUGCACCCGGCUAAAGCUGGCCGGUAAAAUCGCCAUCCCAAUGCUGGCCAUGUUUGGCGCGUUCCAACUGGUGGGCAUGGUGUGGCAGGCGGUGCAGGCCCACAGAGAAACGAGGCACGAGGUGCAAACGGUGCACGACUGCUUCCGCAAAUGCGGGUACACGGCGGCUGAAGCGGUGUCGCGUGGUUGCGUUUUCGAAGAGUUUGACAUGCGAUGGGAGCAUCCGUCAUGCAUCGACCACGAGUUGGCAGAUGAGUAUCGGCGCAUGGGGGCCGAGCCCGAUGGGUCGUGGACGUAUAUGGUAGACGACCACACUGCUACCGAGGGGGUGCCAAUUAACGAACUGCGCCGCCGACCCGUUAAUGCCACCGAACUUAGCAUGUACGUUGGCCCCGGCAAGGUCGCGUACGCUAGCAUGCGCCACCACCUUACGCAUUGUAUAUUUCGGUGGCGCAAGCAGUUCCGCGCGCCGUUUAAAGGCACCCGUUGGCCCAGCGCGCCGGGCUGGGAAGAGAACCACAUUAAACACUGCAUGGACGUAAUCCUCAACAAAAGGGACUUGCCGCUGGAAAAAUUUACAACCAGGGUUGUAUUUGAAUCACCUUAA